AUAUAAGCCAGGUCGAUAGCGUAAGUGGAGUAUUAUCACUUUUAGUUCUCCUCAGACCUUUUGCUUUGAAGCUUGUUGUUGGAAUAGCAGAAAGCAAUGCACGCUCAAAUGAUUGCAGUGUUCGUCUUCUUCGCUGCAUGCACUGUAGCUCUGGCUGAGCCUCAUGGGGCUCUGGUCAUUCAUCAUAAACCUGGACACUACGGAUACGGACAUGGAUAUGGUGGUCACGGUGUAAGCUCAAGGUACGAUGUUAGACACUACGGAUAUGGACUUGGACAUGGAGCAGGACUUGGUUACGGAAAAAGUUAUGCUGGACUGGGCGGCCUCGGAUUAGGACAUGGAUUAGGAUAUGGACAUGGUGUUGGAUUAGGACAUGGUGCAGGAUUAGGACAUGGCGUUGGAUUAGGCUAUGGACAUGGUGCAGGAUUAGGCUAUGGACAUGGUGUUGGAUUAGGAUAUGGACAUGGCCUGGGAUACGGACAUGGUUUGGGUUACGGACACGGUCUGGGAUUAGGUCUUGGACAUCACUGAGUCAUUAGUGAAGCUGUAUGUGGAAAAACAGUUUCAUCUUAGUAUGAAAGUACAAGGAAUCUGUUUUAAGAAGAAUGUGGUAAUGUGAAUAUUUCAUAAUGAUGUACAGUUUCUAAAGCAUCUGCAAUAAAUAAAGUAUUUUCAAAAUGUU